AUCCUUACUUUCACUAAAAAACCAACCAUUGUGAGUUUUAGUUGAAAAUUUGAAAUUAGUUUCCUGUUGACCCAAAUAGUAAGAAUUAAAAAUGCCGCACUCUUAUGGUAUCCGCGCCCGUACGCGCUAUAUGUUUUCUCGUAAAUUCCGCGAGACUGGAUCUAUUAGGCUCUCAACCUACCUUAAAACGUAUAAAGUUGGCGAUAUUGUUGAUAUUAAAGCCAACGGCGCUGUCCAAAAGGGUAUGCCCCACAAAUUUUAUCAUGGUCGCACCGGGAUCAUUUACAAUGUAACAAAAUCUGCUGUUGGUGUAAUAAUUAACAAAGUUGUUGGCAACCGUUAUAUUGAAAAGCGGGUUAAUGUUAGAAUUGAGCAUAUUAAGCAUUCGAAAUGCAGAGAUGAUUUCUUGCGACGUGUUAAGGAAAAUGCGAUCAAAAAGAAAGAAGCUAGAGCUAAAGGAGAAAAGGUUAAUCUUAAAAGACAACCCGAAGGUCCUCGAAAAUCUCAUUUUGUCUCUACUAAUAAGAAUAUGCCGACCACAAUCACUCCAAUCCCGUAUGAAACUCUUGUUUGAUAACAACCUCAUUAUUAUUACCCGUCCAUUGAUAAUGACCGAUGGUAAUAUUGUAGUCAAAAUAGAAGACAAUUAAUCAUGAUUUUAAUGUUUUAUACUGUAUGCCCGAAAAGUAGUAGUAGCUUAGCUUGUAUUAAAAUCUUUAAAUUACAUAAAUUAUAAAUUAAUGCCUAUGUCACGUGAU